AUGGCCUUCUCGACCCCGGUCACGACCACCUCCUCUCCCUCUCCUUCCACUUCUCCCUCCCGCCCACAAUCGCAGUCCCUCAUAAAGCGCCCGUCCUCCGCUUCAGAUGCUCUCAUGAUGGCCCCACCGCCCCUACCUAAACGCAUAAAACGUCCCGCCACCGUCCUUGACGAAGAUGAAUAUACCGACGCUCUGUCUCACAUCAUCGCCCGUGACUUCUUCCCUGGGCUGCUGGAGACCCAAACCCAGCGAGAAUACCUGGAUGCCUUGGAGUCGCGCGAUAAAGAGUGGAUCAAGCGUGCGGGAAAGAAUUUGGAGGCUGUGAUGACACCACGGAUCGAUGCUAGUGGAAGGAGGAGUGCCAGCGCUACCGCUACGAGGUUCGAGAGAUCGGGGAGUGCGACCCCCAAAGGAGGUAGUAAGUGGGCUGGUGGUGAUACACCAUUGUCUGCGGCUGGUUCGACGACCUCGAUAAAUUCAAGAAGUGAGGACGGGAGCACUGUUGGUCGAGACUCCAUGGUGGAUGUACGGAAUAUGAGCCUUUCGAUGUUCCAGUCGAAAUAUACCAGUGAAGACAACGAGUCAUUUAAUAAGUUGCUUGAUAAACAGAAUGUCAAGAAGAGGCAGAAGUAUGCGUGGAUGUGGAACGGAAAUAAGAUUUUGACACCUAGGCAGAUCGCCUUCAGGAAGCGAGAGGCAGAGAGGACGAAGAGGCUCCCUCCCCCUCCUCUUUCUUCUUCUCCCUCUUCUACUUCCCUCUCGCUCUCUGCUUCAGCGUCUGUUUCGGAAAGCGAAGGUGUCAGUAAUAAAAAUAACAAACAAGUUCAACUUAUCACAACCGAUCAAGAUGCCCGCCCUGCCCAACCGGAUGCCUGGGCCUCUAAGCCUGAAAACUCUCUUAUGUUUAUCCCUUCUUCUGUCGAAGACACACACGAAACCGUUGCACAAAGGGCAGAAUCUACAUCCCGCGCCGGUCCCAAACAGGUCAUAUACAACAAUACUCGCGUCCAACACACCCCGCCGAAACCGGAUGGGAGCGCAAAUAAUAGCAACGCCAUCCCACCAUCUCCCUCCCUCUCCGCAAUCCGCGAUGCAAUCGCUGGCCAUCCGCAUUCCACCGGUUCCGAACCAGGCUACACAGGCGCCGAAACACCCCGCGUGAAUGGCUUUGCAUUCGUAGAUGAAGACGAACCAACCCCACAACCUCCAGAUGACGAGGAUAACUCCGCCUACCACCUCUCCCUCCUAAAAAUGAACAUCGACACCUCCAGCUCCGCAACACCAAACCCCUUCACCAUCCGCGAAAAUCGUCGUCGCGAACUCCUGCACCACCGCAUGGUCGAGCGUGUUGCGACUAUUAAGCGCGCGGAGCGCUCAGGAAAAGAUGUCCGGACACCUGUGCCAAAGUUUCCCAGUAGCCCGAUGAUUGCGUUUGGGAAGACACCGGGGUCAGGUGGUCGGACGCCUGGUGUUCUUGGCGGUAAGGGAUUGAGUAAAGCGUCGCUGACACCGGCGGCACAGAGGCUGUGGGCUGCUGUGGGGAGUACGCCGGGACGCCGGGGGGUUCCUGAGGAGGGGUCGAAGGAUAUUUGA